AUGCUUUUUCGUUCCUUUAAACUGGCGAUAUUUUUCAUCACACUUCUAAUUCAGUUCGGACGAUGGUCUUCUCAAUCCCUCGGUCCUACAGGCAGCACCGCAGUGUUUGGCCCCUUCACUAUGACUGCACCAAUGCCUGGUGCGAUGGGCAAUACAGGUGGCUUAAGUGCGUCUGGGAUUUCACAGACUAUGCAGCAAUUCUUCUCUCAAAUGAGUGGACCUAUCGGCCAAGCCACGUUGACUACUAUGGCUGCAGCAAUGAGUGGACUUCCUGUUCCAUCUACAGAGACUCUUAGCUCGGGUCUAACAACUUCGGGCCCAGCCCAAUCGCAGACUGCUGAGCGAUCAACCUCUAGAUCUGGGAGAAGUGAAGCAGGUCCUGCUGCCUCAGUUAUCGCUAGCGUGUCUAUACCUUCAACUGAUUCUGCCACUUCGGCA